AAGACCUUAGAAGGCAUCGCUGUCGUCGAACGUUAUUGGCGAAAAUAUUGCAUUCAAUCGAACGAGGAUUAUGUGGACUUUCUUCUUUUCGAGGAUCAGACGAUCUAUAUGAACUUUUUUGAUUGGAUGUUCAAAACAUCACGAAAGAAACUGCUUCAGUCAUAUGAUGAAUACUGGCGACGCCUUUGUCAAUACUUCGAGCUAUUUGCACGUCGCCGCGUCGAGUAUGCUUACCUUGGAAAAGUUUCUCGAAGGUGUAUUCCCAGCCGAGCGCAAAAUUCCCCGACGAACAAAGGACAAAAAUACUCUAGAUGUGGAUGCUUUUGGUAGUGAUCUUCCAAAGCACAUUUCCUUGAAAGAUUUUCCGGACUCGGUCUGCCAUCGCGAUAUCGAGCUUUUCUACCUGAAAGACCUUCAAAGUAAACGUGAUGUCCUCUGUGCCAUCAUCGAGUUUCGCAACCUCAAAGGUCGACCGGAAGGCGCUGAUGGUCGGCAGGCGCUCAAGGAGUUGGGUCGAGAUGCUAGAUUUGAAGACGAUAUUGGGCAUUACAAUUACCGCCGCUGGACGGCAAAUGAAGUAAACACUCAUAAACGUGCUAUUUGCCAAAACCCUGAAAUUCUGCAACUAAGACGCGAGAAAAGAGAGCUUAUGGCGGAGAUGCGGUCCGUGGCUGGCACAAUCAAGAACGCCCGUGACACCUUUCCACACCUCUUCCAAAGGCAUGAGACUGUCAAAAAAGACCUAGCCAAACUUCGGAAAACGUUGGCGAUCGAAACUCGCGAGACAGCCAGAAAGGCCUAUUUUAAUAAUGCUCCCGUGCUUGAAGUUGACCGACAGAUCAAGCAAAUGCUUCUCGGCGAAUCUGAUGUUGAGGAACGCGAUGCUGAUAGUUCCGCUGAAAAAGACUGGGAGCUCCCUAUCCCGGACUACGUAUUUCCUGAACGAGCUCGGCUUGUGGAGAACUUUUACGGUCCUGAGGCAGAAGAUUUUGACGAGGACAAAUUACUUACUCGGCGCAUCCAGGUUACCAAGGACAUGGAUGCACAUUUACUGCUUUGCGAGCCGAGCAAGCGAGGCAACCGUGUUAAUUGGGAUCUUGAUGCAGAUGAAGACAUAACUGUUGAACAGCCGGAGCAACUGGAGUCUGAUGAUGAUGCGCAAAUAUGUCUAACAGAUGUUUGCAUCAUCUGCUUCGGUGAAUCCCGUCGCUCGGCGUCGAACCCUCCUCCGCAUAAAUUUCCUUCCAAGCGGCCGGACUCACUUCGUCGUCAUCUCAUCGACUCUCACCUGCUUCAUGCACACGACGGGAUCAGCUGCAACUGGGAAGCAUAUAAAAAUCUUCUGAAGUUUGCCAAAAUCACCGAGUUUUUAGCACAUGCUUACAAAGAACACAAAUAUGAUAUCAAUAUUAAACUGUGUCAUCUCACCGAAAGACUACAGGCCAGCUACGGUGACGGUUCUUCAGGAGAAACAUCUGUGGAAUCAGAGAAUCGGCAAGGCACUGAAACUCCCGCUUCCUCUGUCGAUUUUGAUAUGACAAAUAUCGAUCCUCGAUUGAUGAGACCCAGCCCUAUCACCGCCGUGAAACCAUCAACCCUCCCGGACAAGUACCGAUUCAAAGUUGGCGGAUAUAACUACACGGCGAGUGACGAGGAGAGCACAGGCCGUAAAUCUAGAACCUGUUCCCAGUCUGGAAUCUUCAUCACAGCAUGCGACGCGCUCAUCUCGAACAAAGGGGCGCCCAGAAAAGCAGCCUGGGAGGCAGCAGAGAGUCAGAACAACCAGGCAAAAUCAAGGCGUCUACUAUCAAACAUCAGCCACGUCGAUCAAGGCGAUUACGAGCUCAGUGAAAUGUAG